UCUUUUUUUUUAUGUUGUUGUUAUUGUGCGUGUGCGUGACUGCAGUUGAGCGCAGCCUGACAAUAAUAAAAAAUAACGCAAUCUUAACAAGCCCCCAACAAGCAAACUGCAGUCGUAUUUGCAGCGUUCUACGGCAAUGUAUGUGCAGAAAACUUUAAACAAACAAAAGAAAUAGACCAAAGGCAGAGAAGCAAAAAAAGAGUAAAAAAAAGCGUGUUGAGCCGCAGCCGUAAACGAAGCGCGGAGCCAAAGGCAGAGCCAGAGCUCAGUCGUGCUCGCUGCUCCAAGAGGCUGAAGCUGAAGAAGAAGAAGGAGGAGAAGCAGCAGCAGUAGGCGAACAAUUGUUCAAUUGCCGUUGCGACUCGGCUCUCUCUCUCUCGCACGCUCUGCCGCUGCUGCUGACCGACCGCCUGUCCGUCAGCGCGUCGUCAUUCGCUUUGUCGUCGCCGUUGCCGUCGCCUGUUCUCUAAACGCGCGCGUUCUUCGCUUUUCCUCUUCCGGCCUGGCCGCGCUGAAGUUAACAGCAAAUAAUCAUAACAACAACAACAACAACAGCAGCAACAACAAAUUGCGAUACGAAUAACAGCAACAAAAUGACUUCAAAGAAGCGUAAAACCCUUUUGGACGCCGAUGAGAACGACGAUUUUGAUGAUGAUGAUUCCGGCUCUGAUUUUGAUGACGAUGAAGAUCCAGAUCAAAUAGAAGUGCCCGGUGGCGGUCGUGAUCUGAAUACUGCAGUUACCUACGCGCAAAACAUUCGCAGCGGUGUUGGCAUCAACGUCAACAAGCAAGCGAAUAGCGCCCCAAGUGGCAGCCACAGCGGCAGCAACAUAAGCGCCGCCUUUCUCAAGUUUGGCAACAGCAACAGCAACAACAGCAGCAACAACAACAACAACAACAACAGCCACAACAACAACAAAGUCAACAGCAGCAGCAUCAGCAAACCGACCUCCUUGCUGCUCAGCAACAACAGCAACAGCAGCAACAUUAGCAACAACAGCAACAGCAGCAGCAACAACAACAACAACAACAACAUAAAUAACAACAACAUUUCCGUAUUGCGGCCAACAAUUGUGACGCACACAACAAAAUCAGCAAUUGCGGGCGGCAAAUUUACCGCGCUGCCAACAACAAUAACGACAAAAGUCGCCAUUGAUAAGAGCCUAAACAACAACAUGCCAAAGAAAUUGACGGCAGCCGCAUUGGGCAACGCCAGCGGCACGAAUACCGCAACAACAAGGAUCAGCGGCACAGCUGGUGGCAACCCUGGCAGCAGCAGCAGCAGCAGCAGCACAAACCUGAGUGCUGCCAGCGCCUAUUUGAGCAGCGGCGCCGGCAACUAUUUGAACAGCCUGAGCACCAACGAUCUGAUGAGCCUCGCCGCCUAUGUUGCCUCCAAGGGGGCGCCCAAUAGCAACAACAACAACAACAUCAACAACAACAUCAACAGCAACAUUAGCAACAACAACAACAUCAACAACAACAGUAGCUACUUUUCGGGCAGCGGCGGAGGCGCUUCAACUUCAGCCGCCUCUGCUGCCAAUUUUAACAUGGCCGCGUCUUUAUUGGCGCAGAUGAGCUAUGCGGGCGCUGCCACGCCCAUGCGUGCACCGUACAAGCUGCCGCCGGGCAGCAUGCCACAAAGCGCUGCCGCCAGCGCAGUCAAGAGCAACAGCGGCGCCGGCGGCGGCAGCGCAGCAACGGCAACAGCCGCAGCUGCAGCGGGCGCAGCGGGCGGCGGCGGCGGCGGUGGCAUGAAGGUGAACACCAUGAUGCUGGAGAAGCUGCAGAAGCUGAUCGCCCUCAAUCCGGAGUACUUGACCAGCGGCAUACCCAACCAUGUGAUGACGCAGCUGUUCAUGCAACCGAUGCGAAUGACGCAGCAGCAGCAACAGCAGCAGCAGCAGUUGCAACAGUUGCAGCUGCAGAAUGCGGCCGUCGCGAAUGCGAAUGCGGCAACGGCAGCUGCAGCCGCAGCGGCUGCCUCGGCGGCCGUCUAUGUGCAGCAGGAGGAGGAUGAGGUGGACUAUGAGGAGAUGGGCGUGGCCGAAACAUAUGCCGACUAUUGGCCAGCAAAGCUCAAGCUGGGCAAGAAGCAUCCGGAUGCGGUCGUGGAGACCGCCUCGCUCAGCUCGGUGGAUCCGUGCGAUGUCUACUAUAAAAUGUCGAUACCCGCCGAGACAAUUAACAGCGGCCAGCUGAGCGCCCUACAGCUGGAGUCCAUCACGUACGCAUCCCAGGCACACGAUCAUCUCCUGCCCGAUGGCAGUCGUGCCGGCUUCCUGAUUGGCGAUGGCGCCGGCGUUGGCAAGGGUCGCACCAUUGCCGGCAUCAUCUACGAGAACUACCUGAAGGGGCGCAAGAAAGCCCUCUGGAUAUCCGUCUCCAAUGAUCUCAAAUACGAUGCGGAGCGCGAUCUCAGCGACAUUGGAGCGACGCGCAUCGAGGUCCAUGCGCUCAAUAAGUUUAAAUAUGCGAAGAUUAGCUCGGAUGCGAACAACAAUUGCAAACGUGGCGUCAUCUUUAGCACAUACUCGGCCCUGAUUGGCGAGUCGAACAACAAGACGGGCAAAUAUCGUUCGCGGUUCCGGCAGCUGUUGCAGUGGUGCGGCGAGGACUUUGAGGGUCUCAUCAUAUUCGAUGAGUGCCACAAGGCGAAGAAUCUGUGCCCGGUUGGCUCCGGCAAGCCAACAAAGACGGGCCAAACGGUGCUCGAGCUGCAGCAGAAGCUGCCCAAGGCGCGAGUUGUUUAUGCCUCGGCGACGGGCGCCUCAGAGCCAAAGAACAUGGCCUAUAUGGUUCGCCUGGGCCUCUGGGGACAGGGCACAGCCUUUGGCAGUUUCGGUGAUUUUAUUACCGCCGUGGAGCGACGCGGCGUCGGCGCCAUGGAAAUUGUGGCCAUGGACAUGAAGCUGCGCGGCAUGUACAUCGCCCGCCAGCUGAGCUUCAAGGGUGUCAGUUUCAAGAUUGAGGAGGUGCCGCUCUCCAAGGAGUUUCGCAGAAUCUAUGAUCAGAGCGUUGAGCUCUGGGUGGAGGCCAUGCAAAAAUUCACAGAGGCCGCCGAGCUCAUCGAUGCCGAGAGCCGCAUGAAGAAGACCAUGUGGGGUCAGUUCUGGUCCUCGCAUCAGCGUUUCUUUAAAUAUCUCUGCAUUGCGGCCAAGGUCAACCAUGCGGUCCUUGUCGCCCGCGAGUCCAUCAAAUAUGGCAAGUGUGUUGUCAUCGGCCUCCAGUCCACCGGCGAGGCGCGCACCCUCGAUCAGCUGGAGCGUGACGAUGGUGAACUGACCGAUUUUGUGUCCACAGCCAAAGGCGUUUUCCAGUCGUUUGUGGAACGGCAUUUUCCGGCGCCCGAUCGCAAUCGUAUCAAUCGCAUUUUGGGCCUCUACGACGAGACGCCGCCCGUCAAGCAGGAGCCGCACAGUCUGCUCAACAACAACAACAAUAGCAACAAUAAUAACAACAACAGCAGCAGUGGCGGCAUCGGCGGCAGCAGCAGCAGCCGGAGUAAGCGAAAGGGCGCCGGCAAGGGCAGCGGGCGCAAAACAAAAAAGAAGAAGCGCAGCGGCUCCUGGCAGUACAGCGACAGCGACGAGGAGGCGGCGCACACAUCCAGCGGCGACUUGGACAACAACAGCGACAACGCAGCGGACAGCGACGAUGCCUGCGAUGAUGAUCACGCGGGUGGCGACAAUGACGAUGACGAUGACGACGACGACGACGACAACAACGACAACGAGGCCGACGAUGAUGAGAACGACAACGAGGCCGACGAUGAUGAGGACAAGCACGACGGGGACAGCGAUCGGCACAGUGUCGCCAGCGAUUAUAGCUCCGAUUUCAAUCCGUUCUUCAUGAGCGGCAGCGACAGCGACAUCGAUCCCUGGGUGAAUGCGCGCAGCAAAAAGUCCAGCGGCAGCGCCAACAAGAAGACCCAAAAGAAGUCCAAAACGAAGAAGAAGAGCAUCAAGAAGGAGCCGAAAAUCAAAAAGGAGCCAGCCACCGGCGCGCCUCCAGCGAGCAGCAACAGCAACAGCAACAACAACAGCAACAACAAUAACAAUAACAACAACAAUGCGACCAUGUCCGCCACAGUGGUUGCCGCUUUGAAUGCGGCCAAAAGCCGCAAGCCACAACAGCAAUCCACACAGGACAAGAUCCAGGAUCUGCUGCAAAAGAAACAGGAGCUCAAGGGCACCAUGACGCCGGUGGGCGUGAAUGGGGUCAAGCUGAACUAUGGCCCGCCGCCGAAGGAUGCGAUCGAGCGUGCCUGCACCAUGAAGGAGGAGCUGUUGCGCAAAAUAGAACGUCUCGGCGCCCGGCUGCCGCCCAAUACAUUGGACCAGCUGAUCGAUGAACUGGGCGGACCCGAUAACGUGGCCGAAAUGACGGGCCGGCGCGGUCGUGUCGUCCAAAGCGACGACGGCUCCAUACAGUAUGAAUCGCGCACGGAGUCGGAUGUGCCGCUCGAGACGCUCAACAUAACCGAGAAGCAGCGCUUUAUGGACGGCCAAAAGGAUGUCGCCAUCAUCUCGGAGGCCGCCUCCAGCGGCAUCUCGCUUCAAAGCGAUCGACGCGUCUUCAAUCAGCGACGGCGCGUUCACAUCACGCUCGAGCUGCCCUGGUCCGCCGAUCGGGCCAUACAGCAAUUCGGACGGACGCAUCGCUCCAAUCAGGUGAACGCGCCCGAAUAUAUAUUUCUCAUCUCGGAUCUGGCCGGCGAGCGGCGAUUCGCGUCGACGGUGGCCAAGCGACUCGAAUCGCUGGGCGCACUCACGCACGGCGAUCGUCGGGCCACAGAGACGCGCGAUCUCUCACAGUUCAACAUCGAUAACAAGUAUGGCCGGCAGGCGCUGGAGACGGUCAUGCGCACCAUAAUGGGCUAUGAGUCGCCGCUGGUGCCGCCGCCCACCGAUUAUAGCGGCGAGUUCUUUAAGGAUAUUGCCGGCGCCUUGGUGGGCGUUGGCAUUAUUGUCAAUAGCGAGAGCCAUCCGGGCGUGCUCAGCCUGGACAAGGACUACAAUAACAUAUCCAAGUUUCUCAAUCGCAUUCUCGGCUGUCCCGUCGAUCUGCAGAAUCGUCUAUUCAAGUAUUUCACGGACACCAUGACGGCCAUCAUCAAUCAGGCCAAGCGUGGCGGUCGCUUCGAUUUGGGCAUUGUCGACUUGGGCGCCGCCGGCGAGAAUGUGACCCGUGUGCGUCUGAUGCGUUUUAUGCGCAAACAUGCCACAGGCGUGGCACCAACAGAGCUGCACACGGUGCGCGUGGAGCGCGGCAUGAUCUGGCAGGAGGCGAUUGAUAAAUAUGCGGAUCUGUUCAAUGAGCACGAGGGCUUCUAUACGUCGCAUCAGCUGCGCAAUCAGAAGCGCACCGCAAUCCUGGUGGUUGUCAUCGAACAGCAGCCGGCGCGCAGUUCCACGGAUGCGGACAGCAGCAGCAAGGCGCAAAAGAAGAAGUCGCGCACCAAAAAGGAGAUCAUGUGCCAGAUAUACAGGCCCAAUACGGGCCUGCAGGUGCGACACGAAUCGCUCGCCGAACUGGAGAAGAAGUAUCGCAAGGUGGCCAGCGAGGAGGCCGAACCGCAUUGGACCGAACAGUACGACGCCUCGGUGCACACCUGCUCGCACGCCUACUGGAACGGCAACUGUCGCAACGUCAGUCUGGGCAACGAUUGCGAGGUGGGCUUGCGGCAACGUCUCUAUCAUGUGCUCGCCGGCUCCGUGCUGUCGGUGUGGGGCCGUGUCGAGCAUAUCCUGAAUACGCGCUCCAAUAGCAAAAUGCAGGUGAUACGCAUGAAGACAACGGAGGGCGAAAAAAUAGUCGGCACCAUGAUACCAAAGUCAUGCUUUGAGCCGCUCAUGAACGAUCUGCGCAGCGACUCCGAGAAGCAGGAGGAAUUCAACUAUUAAACUAACUACAAAAGCAAGAAAACAAAACAAAACGGAAACAAAAACAAAAACACAAAAUUCCACCCACCAACAAAAACACACGGAUCCAGACUAUGUCGUUGUCUCUUUCCAAAAUAACAUCCUACCCAGAAAACACAUACAACAACAAUAACAGCAAGGGAGUUGGCGAAAAUAGUUGUCUCACAUUUCAUGCUUACAUUUUCUUUUUACGAUUUAAUUGUUUUUGGUUUUUUUUUUUGUUUACUUAGAUGGAUUUUCCUUAUACCUUUUACAUAGAUUCUUUGUAAUUUUAGUUGUAAAAUCGCAUCGUACAUAAGUCGAAAUGUAUUUUCAAGCCUAUUAGAAACUCAAAGUCGACAUUUCUAAUUUCUAACUGUUUAGCUCACACAUACACACAGACACACACACACAGACACAGACACAGACAC